UACGGCCGGACAUCCUUGUUUACUUUAUCUGCUGGCUUGCUGUUGGCUGGAUCCGCUGCUCAACCUGUUUGUUAAUCGCGCUGUGUGGCUUAUUAACGCCCCGAGUUUAUAAUAAGCCGGGCUGAUUUCUCAGGGGGGGAUUUGACUUGCCGUCGCCGGGAGGCGGUAGGUCGAUUUUUGAGGACAGAUUAAGCAACACGGUGAGCAUGUCCUGAGCUUGGAAUCAAACUGAGAGGCUUUUCAAAUGUAGCUUGUUAGCUAGCUGCGUCGCGUACAGUGUACACACUGCCUUUUUUGUUCUGCUCAUGGACAGCCUCUGCAUGACAAAUUAUUACCAGUGUUGAGUUCAGGCAGGGCGCGAAGACAGCGAUCGUUUUGUUUGAAAACGUGUCAAGAACUGAUCUCCGGUUGUCAGCCACCCACCCCCAGCCCAGCCCCGGGCUAACCCCCGGUCACCGACCGAAUUAAUGGCCGGAAAUCCGAGAAGGGGCGCCGGUCUCAUCGGCUUGAUGAAGGACGCCUUUCAGCCUCACCAGCAAGCUCUCCAGCCUCACCAGCCCGCAGUGGUCGACAAGAAAAUGGUGGAAAAAUGCUGGAAACUCAUGGAUAAGGUGGUGCGUCUUUGCCAGAACCCCAAGGUGGCGUUGAAGAACAGCCCGCCCUACAUCCUGGACCUUUUGCCGGAUACCUACCAGCAUUUACGCACCAUUCUGUCCAGGUAUGAGGGCAAAAUGGAGAUCCUUGGGGAGAACGAGUAUUUCCGCGUGGUCAUCGACAACUUGACGAACAAAACGAAGCAGACCAUGAGCCUUUUUAAGGAGGCCAAGGAGAGGAUGUACGAGGAGAACUCCCAGCCCAGGCGAAACCUUACCAAGCUGUCUCUGAUCUUCAGCCACAUGCUAGCGGAGUUAAAAGCCAUCUUCCCAAAUGGCCUAUUUCAGGGUGACAACUUCAGGAUUACCAAAGCUGAUGCUGCUGAAUUCUGGAGAAGGUCAUUCGGGGACAAGACCAUAGUGCCAUGGAGGACAUUUCGCCAGGCUCUUCACGAGUUUCACCCUAUCAGCUCAGGUCUGGAGGCCAUGGCGCUCAAAUCCACUAUUGACCUCACCUGUAACGACUACAUCUCUGUCUUCGAGUUUGACAUCUUUACAAGGCUUUUUCAGCCAUGGUCAUCUCUUCUAAGGAACUGGAACAGCCUGGCUGUUACACACCCUGGUUAUAUGGCCUUCUUAACCUACGAUGAGGUGAAGGCUCGACUGCACAGGUUCAUCCACAAACCUGGCAGCUAUAUCUUCAGGCUGAGCUGCACUCGGCUGGGCCAGUGGGCAAUUGGCUAUGUGACAGCCGAUGGGAACAUCCUGCAGACCAUCCCGCAUAACAAACCACUCUUCCAAGCACUCAUUGAUGGAUACAGAGAGGGAUUCUAUCUUUUCCCAGAUGGCCGUGCACAGAACCCAGACCUGACAGGGUUGUGUGAACCGUCUCCACAGGACCACAUCAAAGUUACUCAGGAGCAGUACGAGCUCUACUGUGAGAUGGGCUCCACUUUCCAGCUUUGUAAGAUCUGUGCAGAGAACGACAAGGAUGUGAAGAUCGAGCCGUGCAGACACCUGAUGUGCACCUCGUGUCUGACCGCCUGGCAGGAAUCGGAGGGUCAGGGCUGCCCGUUUUGCCGAUGUGAGAUUAAAGGCACGGAGCCUAUUGUAGUGGACCCCUUUCACCCGAAGGCCAGUGGGGCUUCCUUUGCUGGUUUCCAGGGGUCAAGCAGAGCAGAAGCUGCAGGCAACGAGGAGGAAGAGGAUGAUCGGCUGGAAGACCAGCAACUUGUCAUGAGCAGGCUGGCCUGCACCAAGGUGGAGCGCCCUCCUUCUCCAGUGUCCCAGCUGCCUCCGGUGCCUCCGCGACUGGACCUCUUGCAGCAGAGGUCCUCCGCCUCCCAUAGUGCACUGAGUCAGGGAGCCACAGCCAAAAUGGUAGCCACUCACAGGGACAAGCCUCUACCUCUGCCUCCAGCACUGAGAGAGCUGCCCCCUCCUCCCCCACCGGAGCGCCCCUCCCUGGUCGGCCAGGAAUCCAGACUCCAAAGGAGACCCCUCCCCUCCACCCCAGACCAGCCGGCAUGGGCAGCCAACUACAUGGUGCCGCGUCCUGCAACAAAGGCCCCGUUGGCCCCGUCGUCCAUCCCUCAGAGCAACGGAGCCGGCGCAGAGGGGAGCAAACCGCAGACGGCGAUCAAUGCCGUCUACUGCCUGGCUGCGAGGUCGCUGCCAGGGUCAGCGGUGUCCAGCGGGGAGAAGCUGUCGUCAGACGGUGAAGAUAAUGAGUACAUGAGCCCCACAUCCCUUCCAGCUUCCGGUGCCCCGUGGGUCAUAACAGGCUCCUUGGUGCCUCCACCACCAACCCAGGGAAACAACCACAAUGACAUCAGUGAGGUGGGGGACAGUGACUCUGAGGACCCCCAGGUUUACGAAUCCAUGUGUAACAUCCAGGCCCAGGCUGGCUCCUCGGAGACGACACAGACCUCCGAGCUGGACCAUCCUCAGCAUUCAGCUGUUCCCCAGGACAAAAAGGAGGAGGCCAGUGUGGAGGAUGUUUACGAGUAUGACUUUCCCAGAUCAGUGGUCCCUCCUGCCCCCGCCAGAAGAGCCCUGUCAGAUAUCGGCGGCCCUUCUGCAGCUUUCAGCAAUCUCAGCAUAGACUCUGCAGUAGAUCCCAGUAUGUUUGUAGCAGGCGUCGACCCCGAACGUCCCCCAAAACCUCUCCCGCGGCGAGCCAACUCUGACCGACGGCCUCGUCCGUUAAACCGCGAGCCACCUCCCCCGCCGCCAGACCUCCCUGGUCCCUCCUCAUCUGCCUCCCCUGUUCCACCUCCGACUAUUCCUCCUUCAGGUCCUGGAAGCUUGGCUCUAAAUGGGGAGAUUGAAUGCCUCAUAUCCCAAGGCUACUCCAUCCAGGACAUCCAGAAGGCCCUGAUGAUCGCUCAGAACAACCUCGAGACGGCCAAGAACAUCCUGCGCGAGUUUGUCUCCAUCCCUUCCACAGCGCACAUCGCCACAUAGUCACUCUGCGCAGGCUCAUCCUCUGUCUCGUCUCUCUCCACUCUGUGCCAUUAUCAUUUACCAAGCACUUUCCUGCAGGGCCACAAGUACUUUCAGAAGGCUUUACUCUGAGGGAUGAUGCUGCGUUCAUGUUAUAUCUCAUCCAAAGUCAUUUGUAGUGGGAAAACAGCAACGUGGGGUGGGGUGGGGGGGACUAUUGUUAAAGAUGAUGUCACGUGGCUGAAAUUACAGUCUCAGAAUCUCUUUUACUUGUAAUAUUCAUUUGGAGAUUCAGGGUUUUGGCCUUUAACGUGAGAGGUCAACUGUAAGUCCGAUAUGACCUGAACACAGCAUAAAUGGAGAAUCAGAGCCUUUAAAAUGGGCUUGCUGUGACCCUGCUGUGAUUCGCUGAGUUAGUUACAUGGUGCGGCAGUGUCCCCCAUCAGUCUGCGUGCACGCUCUCAUUAAGCUAAGUGUUAAAGCCGCGCAGACUUUGUUCAGCAAAGGGACCCCGCGCAUAGUCGUGUCCGACUGGGAGUCCCAGUUGCCUGCAGCCGCUCGGUCUGGUGCUUUUACUGGCUUCUUUGCAAAUCGUGGCGUACGAAUAUGUAGCGAUACGGUCUGAAACUGGUGAUUAACUGUGUGGCAGUCGUGCUCGUGCUGAUGAAUGUGAACGUGCAGUCGCGGUGCAGUAUUGCAGGGCUUCGAUGUCGUACGCGUCGCUGUGGCUCGCUCCGUUUUUGAUGGUAUCUGACAAGGUGAACACAACUCAGUUGCCAUUUGUCAGCUCCAGGUUCGGUGAUAGUUCUAUGAUGAAAUAACAAAUUUAAUGUUUAAGUACUCUCAUAAUGUGUUGUGCUGUGUGUAGUACUAACAAUGGCUGAGUUUGAGUUCUUUUUAAUUCCAUCAUUUCCUGCCACCGCUAGAGGUGGCCCGACACUGAAGGCUGGUUUAUUUAGUCGAAAGCUUCUCUCUGCGCUCGUAGUUUCUUAGUUAUAAACCGAAAGAAGCUCUUAGAACAGCUUCACUCGGUUCACUGGGAAAUCACAUCUAACUCUAAAGCCUAAAGCAAAAAACAAAAAAACUGAAAGUGGGGUGAAGUCACGUGGACUCAGGUACUCAGUAAUAAGCCAGGUUAUAUGUAAUGAGCAGAUGCUAAAGGACAUGCUCCCUCCAUCCUCACAGACAUUCCAUAGAGUGGAUUUUCUUUAUAUUUUUAAGUUGCCUGCAGCAUAUUUACAUACAGCUACCAUAGUUAAGAUAUUAAAAUCUGUUUUCUGAUUCUUCGACGAGCUCAUUUACGUCCUCUAACUUUAAACUCUGGAUAUGACUCUAAUGUAGCUGCGGUAAUUCCAUCUGUCCACAGUCCUGCAUGACCAUUUUCUGGAUUUCAGUCGCUCAGCAGUUCAUAAAACUCUUCAUGGGAGGAAUGUUGGGGAAAGGCAACAAAAAUCUCAGGAUUGUAUUAAACCGUCAAAGCAAUUUACAACACAUUACAGCUGUCACAAAUGCCAACAAAUUUCUAAAAUGUAUGUUUUUUUUCUAAAACGUAUGUUUUAGAAAUUUGUCAAAAAACUUGUUUAAAACAAAAAAUGUAUCAUUAGUUAUAAUGCUAAUAACAAACAGAAUUCAUGUUUUUAAUCCCCAAAUUUGACCCAGCAAAGAAGUCAAAAAUUAAAAUUGUGAGCCAAUAAAAUCUUCCUGUGCAAGAAUGCAAGAAAAUAAGUAUAAUGUGGCAUCUUAAUUUAAAAAAAAAAUUAUAUACUUCACUUUUUUUUUUAAAGUUUUUGUAUUUAAACCAAAUUCAUGGACACCAACAAGAAUUAUAUUUAAGCAUUAAAAAUAAAAUUUCAAUCAAAUAGCUUGUUUAUACUGGUGGAUUAUCUGGUAUGGAGAUGAUUUCGGUAAAUACUAACACUGUUAAUUUAGAGCAGCUGAGGCACAAACCUUACAUUGGAUGGUGGUCUGAUAAACGUGUUGUAUAGCUAGCUUCUAGAUGCACAAGUGGUAACACUAAACACGCUGCUGAUCACUAAUUUCAAACUUAGAAAGCCAGUUUUUUGGGGGGCUGAUUUGAGCUAUUUGCAGAUAUAUUUCACUAUUGGUACUGUAUAACUGCUAAUAAAUAAAAAUUAAAAAGAAAAGACUAGAUGAGCGAAACAUCCUUCAAAGAUUUAUCCGUGAUGUUUCGUAGUUUGUCCACCAGAGGGCACUCUGUAGCUUCCCUGCUGGCAACAUGAAUGUUCUGAGCAGAGUGAAAAAGAGUAAAUGAGUAAUCCAUGACAUGUAUUGUCUGUAUUUGUGUGCAUAGACUCAGAAAUAACUAUGCAUAACAAAUUUGUUUAUUUCGGGUGCUGAAAGAAAAACAACUGUUAAUAUCAGAGUUAACUAAAUAUCAGUUUUGUUUUAUCCUAUAUAGGUCGGGCUCUAAAUAUAUCUAAAUUAUACAAAUUAAUGCUACAAUUAUGCCCAGAAUAAAUUGGCUUGAAAUUGUCACAAAAUGUUUGAACAGGUACUCGUAGACUCUGACUUCUAUUUUAACUUUGGUACAAAAAACAAAGAAAUCAACAUCUGAACUUAGAUUGUAAUACUUGUAGUGUUGCAAUCCAUUACAAAUACUAGCUUUCUUGUAAAAUGUCUGAGUUGACGAUAUGGGACUUUCCCCAAAUCCCUGCUGUGCUCAUGUGCAACUUCGCUGAUUCAUGUACGAUGCUGUGUAGUUUUACUCCCCUUUUCUCCUCUUUAAAAGCUGCUAAGAAGUAAACAUCUGGUGAGAUCAACACUCUUCCCAUACAUACUUUUAUGAACUGCUGCUUUUCAGCGCACAGAGAUGAUCUUAGGUCCUUAACUCACCCAUAAAAUAUCCAAAUUGACACGUAAAAAGCCCUUUAAAGGUUUGGAUUUCUCUCAGGUUAUAUUUUCUUGUCAAUGGACCAAAAAAUUCAGCAGCUGCCACUUCCAGGCACCACACCUAUACCGUCUGAGACGAGCCCAUUGGUGGUAUUCAGCAUCAUACCUGCAUGAGGGCUGUUGGUUUGUCUACUUAAGAAAUUAAAGAAAGAUUCAGAUCAAAGACAUUAAAGGAGAACAGCGGUCUGAUCUGAAUCCAAACACAACACAAAAAGAGUUGCAACAUCUGGAACAUUUGUUUUUCUGCUUAAUAUUAUUUAAACCAUAGGCUGAUUUUUGUUGUUGUUUUUCUUACAAGUCCUAAAGGUAGAUAACAAGAACCCAGUUUAAUCGAAUGAGCCUGACCGUGAAAGGAAGUUCACUGUCAGCUGGUCAUCUUUUCAUUCCUCUGCAGCGACAUGUACAUUAAACGUGCCUUCUGUCCAUCACAACUUGCACAUGCCAGCAGGCAAGCCAAAAUAACCCCUCCACAUUCACCAUUUAAAUGUGUUGGAAACUACUGCAGAUUGUUUUCAGGUCAAGUGCUCUCUUGAUUUCGCCAUGGUAACACUAUAUCAGGACUACAGUUUAUGCAAAUUUACCUUUUUAGAUUUAAAAUUAACUGACUUAAAAGUGUUCCCAAAUAGAUAGAGGUGCACUCUUUACAGUCAAAAUAACAAACUUUACCCCCGAUUUGGGUCAAAGGGUAAAGCUUCAUUGACUUAUAUUAAACAUGAACUUUAUCUGAAAAAUGUUUCUCGUAAUUAUCAGACACUAAGAUUUUUUUUCCCCUUUUUUUUUUUUUUUUUUUUUUUUUUUUUAAAUGUGCUGCUGGAUUUGGAGACAGUGCAAAAACCUAAUACUUAAAACGGAACAAAAAGAAAAGAUGUCACUAAAUUUCCAAAUGUAAUCUGAUGCUAAGGCGGAGGAAAAAAGCAGUAAAUCCUGUUAAGAACCCAGAUUACCCUGGAGUUGUCCUACAGUUUUCUGGCUGUCUGAUGCCACAGAAAUGUUGCAGCUUUAAUCGCCCCAAACCAAAAGAAUCUUAAAACGUGUGCGUGCGCUGCUCCUCCUCCUCUUCCUCAAGUUGCCCCAGAACAGAGACCACGAAUGUGUCUUCAGUCCCCUCAGCUUUGUUUUCACUCAGUCUUGGCGUUUUGUACCAAGGCAACUAACUAAAUGGCACUAACUCCAGGACUGUUGUGGUCCUGAUGUGUGAUAACGUACUCAAGGCUCACUGUCCUGCUGAAUCACUGCCAGAGGCUCCUCCGUCUCACACGCUUUCUCUCAGUGUCGCCGGUAACCUCGGCCGGUGUGUUGGUUCAAUCCGCUGAUUAACGAUGAGUGUGUGCGUGCGCUUUAAUCAUGUUAACUAGCCUUCUCGACGGGAACUUGCCUACUAAAAAAAAAACUGUCUUCAUUGCUUUAUUAUUGUCUAUGUAGAUAUUUUAUUUAUUGUGUUUUUAAUAUCCUCGGCAUUCAUUGUGUUACAAUGUUUUCAUGCCUAAGCCAUUAAGAUUUUUAAUUAAACUGUAUUUUCUUUAACAUUU